AUGGCAUCCAGCAAAGGAGACCUAAGCGGCUCGCUCUCACAAUUGGAAGAACAUGAAAGGACGCUUGUUGAGCUUGCUGCAGAUGAUCCCAGAGAUAAAGCACCUCUGGGGGAGAAAGAGCUUGAGCUUCUUGCCCUCUAUGACCGUAUCUAUGAGCAGCAGCUAGAAGAAGCCCUUCUCCAGCAAGACCCUGUCGAUGUGUCUACAGUAGAGGAUGUAGAUGCAGCUUUAGCCAAGGCUGAGCGUGAGCUUCUAGAAGCCAGGGCCACGCAUUCCGUGCAAAGGAAGGCUAUCGAAUAUGUCCUGAUGACGGAGCCAUCCAUUCACUCUAUCUACGGCACGCAUACCUCUCCAGUUGAAAGCGCUCUACUUUCCCUUAUCAACCGACGGGAUAUCCUCUCCCUAGCAUAUGAGAAUUUGGCUCACGCCAUUGCCUCAUGUUCAGAAAGUCUUUCCAAUGCAGAGGUGGAAAAUAUUCAGGCGACUAAGAAGAAUCGCGAAUUAGUCCAGUCACUACUACAGCUUACCAGCAGUGAGAAAAAUGAAAAACCAGAGAUCAAGGAUCCCAAAUUAAAAAAGCAAUUUGAGGCGUUAGUGAAAGAAAACAAGAACAAACGGGCUGAGAACGUGACGGUGAAGAGAAUAGUCAGUGCAGCCAUAGCUGCCAGUGGAAUUGAUUGGGCGAGUGAUGAGGAUCUCUUGAAUUUAGUGAUGGAUGAUGAAUCAGCGGAUGAGCUCUGA